AUGGAAAAAUAAAAAAGUCUAAUUGAUGUAUAAAAUUAAAAGUAUCGGUAGCUUACUUUUGAAUAUGGACAGAGUUACGAGGACGAAGUAAGAAGGAAGUAGUGGUUAUAUGAGUAUAUGACUGGAUGCUUGAAGGAAGUAAAUAAUUUGAAUGAUUGAUUAGAAAAUUCUGGAGUUAUUGAACACUAUGUUUGGAGACUAUAUUAAUGAUCUGUUUCUUCUUAUUAGUUUUAUUCUGAUUUUAGUGGGAAUAGUUUAGGAGGACGACUAGGAGGAUAUUAUAUCGUCGUAAUUAUUGAACAAUUUACAAAUAGACUCAUUUUGUUUAUAGUGUACUUAUUGCCUUUUCUGAUUGAAGCAACGAUUAGAGCAAUAUAAUUAUUUUUAGAGCAAAAGUAAAGUUGGCAAUCUAUUUUGCAACAAACACGAAUUGCUUACACUAGAUUAAAAGGAUUUAAACGAGAAGACAUGGUUUAUAAUGACACCUAGAAUUACAUUAGACAGGCUCGUUCAUCAUCAAUAAGAAGUAUUUAAUAACUUGACUCAUAAUCAAAUGUACCUGAUGUUCUACCAGCUUCAAAUGUAGAGGAUGUAUUUUACAGCAAUUUAAAAAGAGGAGACUUCAUUCUCCUUAGUCGGAAUCAAUAAUGUCCAGGAGACUUAGUCAUAUUGGACAUGAGUGAUAGACAUGGAUACUUUUAUUCAAAAAGCUAUUUCAAGUAGGCUUUUCUUCAACGCAAAGAGCCGAUGAAGACCACAAAAGUAGAAUUGAAUGCACCUAACAAAGGAGAUUUGAAUUAUCUAAGAAGGAUUUUAAAGGGUAAACUGACAUUCAAUAAUAACUAUAAUUUUGAAUAAUUUGAGGGUCACAUAAAGUUAUCCAAAGAUCCCAAAGGAGAACCCAUUAUGACUGAAAAUAUUCUGUAUUUUGGAUAGGCUCUUCAGUUCAGCGAGUGGGUAUUUGGAAUCCUAAUCAAUGUCGGAGGACAAUCUCUAUAUAGUAGAAAUGUUCAAUCAGUAAAAAAACAAUAACGAAAUAAGAAUAGAUACAAGAAUCUACGCAUAUUGUAACUCUUCCUAUAUAUUAUCAUGCCCAUCAUUGCAUCAUUGAUUUAAUAUUAUGGAUACUAAUCUCAUUUAUCAUUCAGCCGUAUUAUUUUACGUUGCUAUUAACAAUUCCUGGCUGUCGUACCCUCUUAUUUAAAUCUGUUUCUACAUCUGUUUGAUGUAUUCCUAAUUAUCAAUGAAAAUCGAUCACAACAAUAACAAUCCAAAGACUGCAAGGAAUUGAUAUUGGAAAAUAAGUAAAAUUCGAAACAAUAGAGUAUCAACUAUCCAGUCAAUAUGACUCAAAUCAUGGACACUACUCAUGUGUUUCUGAACAUUCAGAUAUUGUCUGAUGCCAAAAUCGAAGCCUUAUGUCAUGGAGAUAAUAUUUAUCAAAUAGAUUAAACUCUGAUUCCAGAUUUAGUCAUAAAUUAGUCUUUUAAAAAAACACAGUUUUACUACAAUUUAACUAAGUAAGUGAAUGAUGAAAACAUUGAAAUUUUAUAAGAGAAGAUUGAAACCAUCAGUCCUAAUGUGCCUCCUCAGAAAUUAAGCAUAAAUUCGCAUCAAUAAUACAAUGUCAUCAUUAGUAAAGAGAUUGGAUAAAACAAGAGACCAUUCUUUAAAUAGAACACUUAAACUCUUCAUUCUCCAGUACUCAAUAAUCCAAACAGUGCCAGACCCUCAUUAGAAAUCUUUCACAGUAUGGAUGGAGGAGGAUUCAUCUCAUCUACUUUAGCUGGGAAUCUUCUCAAUCAAUAAUAACAUAGUUAAGUUAGUCAGGAACCUGAAGAAGAACAGGUUAAAUAAAUACAAAUUUACAGAGAAAACACACUUGUUGAACUAGGACUAAACUAACCUUUUUAAUAUUUUGAGUUGUUUUCUGUCAUCUCUUUAUGUCAUCUAACAAGAAGUGAAUUGAUGACUGCUGGAGAAGAAAACAGAUCAUCCUAGAAAAAUUCUAAAUUAGGUUUCUCAGAAAGGGAAAGAAUUAAGAAACCUAAAUUCAAUAUUGACUAAUACUUUCUAGCUGAGGAUGAAGCCUUAUUAAAAUUAAGCAAAUUAUUUAAAAUUUCAUAUAAGACUUAUGGAUUUAAUAGACAAGAGUAACUCUGUUAUGUGUUGAAAAUUAAUGACUUAGAAAUUCCUUAUAUAAUUCAUUAUAGAUUAUAUCAUCAAGGAUUCAUAGAUUAUGAUGAAACAAAAAAUAAUAAGAUGUUUAAGAUCCCAUCCAGAUUUAUAGCUAUGAUGAUCUAGGAUAACAAUUUUUAACUUAAAGAAUCAAAUUAAUUGGUAUUAUUGUGUAGAUUUUGCAUUGUAACUAUUUCAGAUAUACCUGGAUAUGAGAAAUUCGAUUUAGUCAAGAAAGCAUCCUUAUAGAAAUAAAUUCAAUAUCUAAUCAAUAGAGGAGAUAUAAUUAUUUGCUUUUUGAAGAUGUCAAUUAAAGAACAAGAUCUCCAGGAAUCAAAGAGUUUGAUCAUAAAUGACUACGAUAAAACUAUUUAAUUAAUCGAAUUAAUAUCUGAAAAUUAGUAUGACAUUAUUGGCCUUUUUGGAAUUAGUUAAAAUGAUAAUCAGGACUUAAUUAAGGAAUCUUUUAUCACUAACCGAUCUAGGAUAGUUAUUUAAUCGGAAAAACCAUAUGAAUUGGUUCUACCAUUUUGUAUCAAGAAUAGUGUCUUGCACAAUGAAACUAUUACUUAUAAUUUCUAGUCUUCAUCUAGAGAUGAUAUUCUCUAUCAGAUUAGAUAAAUUAUCAGUAGUCUUAAUCAAGAGGAUCCAAAGAAGAGUUCUACUUUAACAAAUCGAAGAAAUGCUUAAAUUUAAAAUGAUAGAAUUAAGAUCAAUAACAAUGCUCUAAUUAUAGAUGGAAAUGUGUUGGAUUUAAUAUUAAAUGAUAAAUAUUUGACUAAUCAUUUUGGGUUUAUAAUUCAUUUUAAUAAAAUCAUUAUAGUCUAUAACAUGAACAACAACUUGAAACAGAAACUAUUGAAUUUUGUAACUAAAUAUGAUAGUGAAUAUUACUCAUCGUUAUGUGUUAAUUAUAGUGCAGGAUCACACGGAUUGGUAAGGAUGAGUAAUUUCUCUUAUUAAAGACAUGAGGAGAUUGAAUCAGAUGUGAUGGGUUUUAUCAACCAAUAUUCGAUAAAUAUAGAUGAAUUAGAAUUGUUUGAUAAUCUAGUUAUUAAGACUGGGUUUCAACUCUUUUAAAUUAAGGAUGCAACUUAACGGAUGUGUAUUCAAUGGAACCUAUGUUUUGCUUUAUUGCAAAUGACAUUAUAUUGUUUUCCUGAUUAUAAUGGCUAAUUACUAUUUAAAGAUAGAUUGCUAAUAUUGCAAAUACUGGUGCCUGCAAUACUAUUGAUAUAUUCAAUUAAGACAAUAUUUGUCGAAUAAGAAUACUUGACAGUGAAGAUAAAUACAAUAAAGUAGAAAUCCCUCGACUUGAAGAAUAAUCACAUAGUAGAAUUAUUGUUAGAAACAAUAAUGGAUGUAUUUCUACUGACAAUAGUUAGAUAUACGUGCUACAUGAAUAACGUUUAGAUUGAACUCUAUAACACGAGAGAGGAGAUUGCCAUAUUCUUUAGUUUUAUCUUGAUAAUUCAUGUGUUAAAGUUGGCAUUUUUGUCAAAGGAAAUCUAUUUGAGACUAUUCUUGUCUUUGAGCACUUUACUAUUGAUACUAUUGCAUAUUACAAUAGAGAUGAUAAGUUUGGAUUAUGUGUUAUUAAAGGAGUUAUUAAUACAACCUACAACUAUAAUGUCUUUUCUGAGUUUAUUGGGGUUAAAGGCAGUUAUGAAUUUAUUUGGACAAUUUAGCAUAUAUUUGUAUAAGAACUUCUUGGAGAGAUCUCAGCAAGAUAUUGAUUUUAAUUUGAUUUUGGAAAUCAUCACAAAGGAAUUGUAGAGUGUGAAGAAUAUCUAAUAUUUGAUAAAGAAGGUCUUUUAGGAUUCAGAGAUAGAUCUAUCUGUUAAGUAGAUAUUGGGAGACAACAAGAAUCAGUUAAUUUAGUUAAACAAUUACACAUUGAAUUUUGAAGAGCAGGUUUAUAAUUUGGAAUUCAUCCAGAUGUACAUAUCGAAAUGGAAAUUCAUUGGGAUAAUUACAAACUUGAGUUAUUUCUUCGGUUUGGACAUAUUUUUAUUGAUACAUUAUGGAUUGAGAUUUUAAAAGAUAAACACAGCUCUAUUUUCAAUUAUGCUAUUUAUGACUUUCUGCUAGGUGUUUCUAAUUAAUCAAUCUUGUUAUCCUAGUUACAAGAAGUUGAUAAUCUAUUUUGGAUUCCUGUAAACCAUUUAUAGAUUAUUCAUAAUAAGCGUAGAUGUGUAUGACCAGGAAAACAGGAUGUACGCAUUCAUCUUCUAUUAUCUGGUCAUAUUUUCAUUGACUCAACAGAUCAGUUAUAAAUAUGUGUUUAUAGUGAUCCAAUAGAUUAUUACCCUAAUAUCUGGGAUAGUUAUGCUGUAUGCAAAUCAGAAACAACAUGCUGAUGAUGUGUACUUAGGUGAAAUCAUAGUUUUGUUUGUGUCUUUCAGCAUUAUUUCUCUAUAAUCUCGUUACCAAGAUGAUGUCACACAACGCGAAGAUUACAUAUGUUGGAAAGUCUUAGAAAUAGAAAGAUCAAAGCAUCAAUCAGUAAUGUCCUUGUUGUUGCCUCCAUUUGUUUUGGGGAGACUCGAUCAAGGCCACCUAGAUUUCUCAGAGAAUCAAGGAUUGGUUGGCAUCAUCUUUGUUGAUAUGUGUAGUUUUGAUGUGAUAGUCAGUGAAGAGGACCAAAACAUCGUAUAAUUGAUGGAUAACAUUUAUCGACAAUUUGAUUAGAUCUGUUCAUCAACUAACUGUCAGAAAAUAGAAACUGUAGGAAAGACCUAUAUGGCUUGUUCAGGAUUGAAAUGCGUGGAGAAAUUUCAGCCCAAGGGUCAACAUUUGAAGAACCCAAUUGAAAGAUUGGUGGAACUUGCAUUUGGGAUCCAACAAGAGAUCACUAAUUUCAAAUGGGGUACCAGUCAAAAGAGUUUUGGAUUGAAAAUUGGCAUUCAUUAUGGCAGAGUGUUAAUGGGUGUAAUUGGAUCAAUUAAACCACAAUUUUCAUUGAUAGGAGACACAGUCAACACGACUAGUAGAUUAUGUGCUCAUUGUCCUGAAGGUUUAAUUCAGAUGUCUCUCCAAGCUUACGAUCAGAUCAAAAAUGUUAAAUCAAUUAAAUUCACUUCAAAUAAAAUCGAGGCCAAGGGGAAAGGUAUAAUAGAUACAUUUUUGAUUGAGAAGAAAAGGAGUUUUGAACAAUCAUUUAACAACAAAUAGAAAAAGUCAGAGAUGCCUCAUAUCGAUUAAAAGUUGAAAUUUGUCUUGAAUAAUUAACAGCAAUAGCAAAAUUCUUUUCGAAAUCCCAAGCAAACCAGUAUUUCAGCGAUUCGAUAGAAGACUACAAGGCAUUUAACCUACAAACUAAUUCCUUAGAAAUAGGAGGAAAUCUAAUAAUUAAAUCCUCCAUAGAACAACUAAACAUAACAACCACCAACAUAAUAGAUGAUAUCAACUUAAUAAUAAGGUACUGGUUAAAAGGCAGGAAAUCUUAAUUUUACUGCUAGUCAAUUGUAGUUAUUCAGAAAACAAACUAAAAGGAAUCUAAUCAACAAUUACAUCAAUUUACCAUCCAUGAAUUAGAUCACUUCUCCUCAAGCCUUAAAUCAGAUGUAAUCAAAUCAGAAUGUUCUUGCUCCUAGUAAUAAGUUGAUUCAUUAGAAAUCUAUCUUCAGUCAUUAAUAACAGUAGAAUCAACCAAGUCAGUUAGAUAAAAUAGAUAAGUAUCAAUUACAAUCAUCCAUUCAUAUUCCAUAGUAAGAUCCCUCAAAUUUGAAUAUAAUAGGUGGAAUCCCUGACAUACCAUUAGAUCAAUCGUUGAAUGUCAUGGACUCCUCAAUCAAAGAGCAAACUCCACUUAAUUGCAAAAAGGAUGACCAGAAGAAGUUUAUUGAUACUACGAUUAGGAUGAUCAAAUUUAAUGAUAUAGAAUUAUUCAUAAAGUCAAAACCAGAAGUGUUCAAUAAGACUAUUCCUUUAUUUAAAAUCCAAGAGUUUUUUCUUGAAGGCAAAAGCACAACAAUACAAGAGAGUAACAAUAAUAAAUGGCAUUUGAUUUCCAAAGAAUUUCUAUUUGAAGCAUUUAAGAAUAGCGAUGAUGUCACCAAAUACUAUGAGAAUGAAUUAGAAAAUGGCAUCAGAAGUGUAAUGAUCUCAUUACUGCUCCUAUUAAUAAUACACAUCUUCUUCAUAAUAUUUUCGCAAUUGCAAUAGGUAAAUACCUAAUAGGCAGUAAUAAGAGCAUUGGGUUGUUUUUUUAUACUAAUUGAAUUGUACUUCUUGUAGACUCACUUUUUUGAAUGGAAAAGAAAGAGAUUAUUGUAAGUUAUACUUAUACAACUUGUGAGUCAAUGUAUCAUAUUGGGAGUAUUCUAUGAUUAAGAUAAAGACAAAUCAGUAAUCUUGUCCAUUGAAUCGAUUAUUACAAGUUGUCUCCUAUUUGCUCACAAGUGGCUCUAUGUUCAAGAGAAGAUCUUAAUUUGUGCCUUCAUGUUUACUGUUUGGUUGAUCAUUAUUAGCUCAGUAUUCAUCAUAGAUAUUUGGGAAGUAUUCUUCCUUUUAAUUUCGAUUGCUCUAUUGCUAUAAAGAGAACUAUUAAGUUAUCUGUUUUCUUACAAGCAAAUGCUCAACCAAUAACAAAUAGAGAUUAAAAAGGAAGACAAGAUGAAUCUUUUAAGUUGUCUAUUGCCUAUUCAUGUGUUGAGUCAAUUCUUAGAUGAUUCCACUAAUUCAAGGAAAUUCUCUGAUGUCUACAAUGACUGUACUAUCUUAUUUGCUGAUAUUGCUGGAUUCACUAAGUAUUCUUCAAGUGUCCAACCAGAAGAGGUAGUCUCUAUGCUUAAAAAUUUAUUCGAUGAGUUUGAUAAACUAACCUAAAUACACAAUGUAUUCAAAUUGUAUACAAUUGGAGAUUGCUAUGUUGUGAUAGGAGUAACUGAUAAUUUCAAAAGAGAUCCAAUUCAAGAAGCAUUCAAUGUUGUUGAAAUGAGUCUCAAUAUGUUAGAAGCUAUAAGCUUGGUUCGAAAUUAAAUUAAUUACCAUGAUCUUCAUAUGAGAAUUGGAAUACACACGGUAUUUUUCAUUUAUAUUUGCUAGGGUAAUGUUAUUGGGGGUAUUAUUGGAACAGAUAUCAUCAGAUAUGAUGUCUAUGGAAAAGACAUUCUUAUUGCGAAUAAAAUGGAGAGCAGUUCUGAAGAAGGUAGAGUGUUGAUAUCAGAAACCACUAAGAAAUUAAUAGAAGACAACUUCGCUUAAUCCUAUAUUUUCAAUGGAAGAAAAUUAAUUAAUAUUCCCUCUAUAAACACAACUAUUACUGGUUUCUUCUUAGAAACUGCAAUUUGA